AUGAUUGUGCUAUUAUUCUUUGCCUUGCUCUGGAUGGUGGAGGGAGUCCUUGGCCAGCUGCACUACACUGUGCAGGAAGAGCAGGAGCAUGGCACGUUCGUGGGCAAUAUCGCCGAAGAUCUGGGCUUGGACAUUACAAAACUUUCGGCUCGCCGUUUCCAGACGGUGCCCAAUUCGAGGACCCCUUACUUGGACCUUAACCUGGAGACCGGGGUGCUGUACGUGAACGAGAAGAUCGACCGCGAACAGAUCUGUAAACAGAGCCCUUCGUGCGUCCUGCACCUGGAGGUCUUCCUGGAGAACCCGCUAGAGCUGUUCCGGGUGGAGAUAGAAGUGUUGGACAUAAAUGACAACCCACCAGCCUUCCCAGAGCCUGACCUGACUGUGGAGAUCUCAGAGAGCGCCACACCGGGCACCCGCUUCCCACUGGAGAGCGCCUUCGACCCAGACGUGGGCACCAACUCCCUGCGCGACUACGAGAUCACCCCCAACAGCUACUUUUCUCUUGAUGUCCAGACCCAAGGAGAUGGCAACCGCUUCGCGGAGCUAGUACUGGAGAAACCGCUGGACCGGGAGCAGCAGGCGGUGCACCGCUACGUGCUGACCGCCGUGGACGGGGGAGGUGGAGGAGAAGGAGGAGGGGCAGGAGGCACCGGAGGAGGGGGCUCACCCCCUCAGCAACAGCGCACGGGCACGGCCCUGCUCACUAUCCGAGUGCUAGACUCCAACGACAACGUGCCCUCUUUCGACCAACCCGUUUACACUGUGUCCCUGCCCGAAAACUCGCCCCCAGGUACUCUGGUCAUUCAGCUGAACGCCACGGACCCAGAUGAGGGCCCGAACGGUGAGGUGGUGUACUCAUUCAGCAGCCACAUCUCACCGAGGGCGCGGGAGCUCUUCGGUCUGUCCCCGCGUACUGGCCGCCUGGAGGUAAGCGGGGAGCUGGACUAUGAGGAGAGUCCAGUCUAUCAGGUGUAUGUGCAAGCUAAGGACUUGGGGCCCAACGCCGUGCCGGCACACUGCAAGGUACUUGUUCGGGUGCUGGACGCCAAUGACAACGCACCCGAGAUCAGCUUCAGCACAGUCAAGGAAGCUGUGAGUGAGGGCGCGGCGCCCGGCACUGUGGUCGCCCUGUUCAGUGUGACUGACCGCGAUUCUGAGGAGAACGGGCAGGUGCAGUGUGAGCUGCUGGGUGACGUGCCCUUCCGUCUCAAGUCCUCCUUCAAAAACUACUACACUAUCGUGACCGAAACCCCGCUGGACCGGGAGGCAGGAGACUCGUACACUCUGACAGUGGUAGCCCGGGAUCGCGGCGAGCCCGCACUGGCCACCAGCAAGUCCAUACAGGUGCAGGUGUCGGACGUGAACGAUAAUGCUCCGCGCUUCAGCCAGCCUGUCUACGACGUGUAUGUGACCGAGAACAACGUACCAGGCGCCUAUAUCUACGCUGUGAGCGCCACCGAUCGAGAUGAGGGGGCCAACGCCCAGCUUGCCUAUUCCAUCCUGGACUGUCAGAUCCAGGGCAUGAGCGUCUUCACUUACGUGUCCAUCAACUCGGAGAAUGGUUACUUGUACGCGCUGCGCUCCUUCGAUUACGAACAGCUCAAAGACUUCAGCUUCCAGGUGGAAGCCCGGGACGCAGGCAGCCCUCUGGCCCUGGCCGGCAACGCUACUGUCAACAUCCUCAUUGUAGACCAGAACGACAAUGCUCCCGCAAUCGUGGCGCCCCUGCCCGGGCGCAACGGGACUCCAGCGCGCGAGGUGCUACCUCGCUCAGCAGAACCUGGCUACCUUCUCACGAGAGUGGCGGCAGUGGACGCUGACGACGGAGAGAACGCCCGCCUCACUUACAGCAUCGUGCGGGGCAAUGAGAUGAGUCUAUUCCGCAUGGACUGGCGCACGGGGGAGCUCCGCACCGCGCGCAGGGUGCCUGCCAAGCGCGACCCCCAGCGGCCUUACGAGCUGGUGAUAGAGGUGAGGGACCACGGGCAGCCUCCGCUGUCAUCCACCACAACGCUUCAGGUGCAACUGGUCGACGGGGCAGUGGAACCCUUGGGCGGUGGUGGUGGGGGAGGAGCAGGAGGAGGUUCUGGUGGAGAACACCAGCGCCCCAGCCGCUCAGGAGGCGGGGAGACCUCACUGGACCUCACCCUCAUUCUUAUCAUUGCCUUGGGCUCAGUGUCUUUUAUCUUCCUACUGGCUAUGAUAGUGCUGGCAGUACGCUGCCAGAAGGAGAAAAAGCUCAACAUAUACACGUGCCUGGCCAGUGACUGCUGCCUUUGCUGCUGCUGCUGCUGUGGGGGCGCAGGCGGCGGAGGCUCCUCUUGCUGCAGCCGCCAAGCUCGGGCGCGCAAGAAGAAGCUCAGCAAAUCGGACAUUAUGUUGGUUCAGAGCUCCAAUGUACCCAGCAACCCCGCACAGGUACCAGUGGAAGAGUCCGGAGGGUUCGGCUCCCAUCACCACAACCAGAACUACUGCUAUCAGGUCUGUCUGACUCCAGAGUCUGCCAAGACCGACCUGAUGUUCCUCAAACCCUGCAGCCCUUCCCGGAGUACUGACACUGAGCACAACCCCUGCGGGGCCAUCGUCACUGGCUACACUGACCAGCAGCCCGAUAUCAUCUCCAACGGCAGCAUACUGUCCAACGAGACUAAACAUCAGCGAGCAGAGCUCAGUUAUCUAGUUGACAGACCUCGUCGGGUAAACAGUUCUGCAUUCCAGGAAGCUGACAUAGUAAGCUCUAAGGACAGUGGACAUGGAGAUAGUGAGCAAGGAGACAGCGACCACGAUGCCACCAACCGGGGUCAGUCUUCUGGCAUGGAUCUCUUCUCCAAUUGUACUGAGGAGUGUAAAGCUUUGGGCCACUCGGAUCGAUGCUGGAUGCCUUCCUUUGUCCCCUCAGAUGGACGCCAGGCAGCAGAUUACCGCAGCAAUCUGCAUGUUCCUGGGAUGGAUUCUGUGCCAGACACUGAAGUGUUUGAAACACCAGAAGCCCAACCUGGGGCAGAGAGGUCUUUCUCUACCUUUGGUAAAGAGAAGGCCCUUCACAGCACUCUGGAGAGGAAGGAGCUGGAUGGACUGCUGUCUAAUACACGAGCGCCUUACAAACCACCAUAUUUGAAUCAUUUCCAUCCUCUUUCUUGUUUUGUAUAUUGGAAAUAAACACACAUUGACAUUCUGACC